AAGUCAACAGUUAAAUUAAUAUUGAUAAACAUAUUUGUUUACUUUUUCAGAGAAGUAUUCGAGAGGUUGCCAGCUGUUCAACAAACAUUGGAGUCAACCUGAUUCAAGAUAUGUUUCCAGAAUUAAAAAAGACUCCAAGAUCAACAAAGAAACUAGCAACUGCCAUAUCCACCAGAAGAAGAAACAAAAGGCAGUACUUGCAACUGAAAGACAAAGCAGGCAGUCAAGGCAAAACUGUUAAAAGACUACUGAAAGACCGCAAGGAUCAAAAAUUACAACUUAAUGUACCUAUUGGUUCACCACCAAGUAUUGAAACUACAGAAGACUUGGUGUCUUUGUCCCCAAGGCCAGAAUCUCCAUAUCCAAAUGAGCAAGAUUCUUUUGAAGAGACCACCACAGUAGAAGAGACCCUAAACAUCACAACUAUAGAGGAGAGCUUCAACGCAUCACCAAUUAGCUCACCAACUAGUGUCAUUCCUUUAGCACAUUUAGCAUCUACUAAUCAAGACCUUACUACUGAAGACUGGGACACAUCAGAUGAAGAAAUGGACAAAAGGCUGAUAGACUUUGUUAGGCAUUAAAUAAGUCCACUAAAAUCUGUAUCAUAUAAUGUAUACAUGUAUAUACUUUGUACAUAUAUAACAUAUAAAUAUUUAUAAGCCUAGGUACUUAAUAUAUUAUGAAUUGUUGGAAUUAAAAUUGAAUUAUUUAUUAAACAUUUACAUGUUUUAUUCGACCGGGGUACAUACAUGUACAUGUAUUUUUUUUAUUUGCUGGUAUAAUAUCACGUUCACCUGUUAGACAUUCAGAUUGUUAUAACUUAUAUAAGUUCAAAUGUUUUAUUUCUUCUUUUCAUGAAAUUUUAUACACCAUAAUAUGUGAAAAUUGUAUGCAC